AUGAUAUUAAUCUUAAUUCUCACCCUCACAAUCCCAUCUAUCCUGGCCUCAAAUAUCGUAGUAACAAGCUCUGUUCCGCCUAUCGACUAUCCUGUGAGGUUCGGGUACAUCAACAUUCUUAAUGAUUGGAGUUCGCCUCAGGGGAUUGCGAAGUCCUUGGGAGUGCCUGGGUACGCCGCUCCGCACAAGUACAACUACAUCUGCCUGACCUUCUGGACGAUUAACCAGGGUCCCGUUGACGCAGCCUACGUGUGGAACAACUCCAAGACCUACCUCAGUCCCCUCUUCGGAAACACCGACACAGCCAUAAAGGCCAACCUCAAGAAGAUCUACAACGACAACGGCAUUAGACUGAUGGUGAGCGCAUUCGGCUCCACCGAAACCCCCACCACUUCCGGCUACGAUCCCACCUUUUACGCGCAGCGCCUAGCGGACUUUGUGGCCAGCAAUAACCUAGACGGAGUUGACAUCGAUUGGGAAGACACGACGGCCUUCCAGUCAGGCGUAGGCGAGCAGUGGUUGAUCACCUUCACCACCGUCCUCAGGAACAUCCUACCCAGUGCCAUCAUCACCCACGCUCCCCAGGCGCCUUACUUCGGAGGCACUGCCCAUUACCCUAAAAACGCUUACCUCGCCAUAUAA